CAGAAGCAGGCUGUGAAGGUAAUUGUUGAAGUGAGUUGUGGCAGUGGCAAGCGACAGGGGCCCCACACUUGUACUCCAGCAGUGACAGCAUAUUUGAGACAAGUUCUAGCGAUCAGCUUUGACGGUAGCCUCAUUCUGGUUCUUUCAAAAGUGAGCAAGGCGCCGUGGAUGAAUUGGUGUGUGUUAGGUGGUCGUUAGGAACUGCAGAGGAAGCUGUGUUUUGCCAAUCAGGUAGUAGUUACACGAAAGCCGCACACGAUGGAAAAUUACCAUGUCAUUGAGUUGGUGGGAGAGGGGUCAUUUGGGAAAGUCUAUAAGGGGCGGCGGAAGUACACCGGCCAGACAACCGCCAUGAAGUUCAUCAUGAAGCACGGCAAGAGCGACAAAGACAUCAAAAACCUGCGCCAGGAGAUUGAGAUUUUGCGGAAUCUCAGACACGAGAACAUCAUCGAGAUGCUGGACGCAUUUGAGACGCCCCACGAGUUCUGCGUGGUCAUGGAAUUUGCCCAAGGGGAGUUGUUCGAGAUCCUGGAGGACGACCAAUCGCUGCCAGAGGCGCAGGUGCAAGACAUAGCCAAACAACUGGUCCGGGCCUUGCACUACCUGCACACGCACCCAAGCCGCAUCAUCCACCGAGACAUGAAGCCUCAGAACAUCCUGAUUGGAGCGGGGGGCAACGUGAAGCUGUGCGACUUUGGUUUUGCGCGGGCCAUGUCUGCAAACACGAUGGUCUUGACAUCCAUAAAAGGUACUCCUCUGUACAUGGCUCCUGAGCUGGUACAAGAGCAGCCCUACAAUCACACAGCGGAUCUUUGGUCAUUGGGGGUCAUUCUGUACGAGCUCUUUGUCGGCCAGCCGCCCUUCUAUACCAACUCCAUCUACACUCUUAUCCAUCACAUCGUGCGGGAUCCUGUCAAGUACCCUGACAACAUGAGCAGCGCAUUCAAGAGCUUCCUGAAAGGCCUCCUUAACAAGACCCCGAACCAACGGCUGACGUGGCCGCACCUGCUGGAACACCCGUUUGUGCGGGAAACCCCAGAAGAGCGGGCAGCUCGGGAAGUUAGGGCUGCGCGGGAACUAGAGCGGGGCUGCGACGCUGCAUGGCGGGGGGAGAUCAAUAUCAGCGUAUUCCAGGGGGGCCGGAUCGCUGGAGCCGCCAGCAAUCAAGCGCAGCAGGUCCUGAGUCGACCGGGGUCGCAGCAACAGCGGGCGAGGGACUUGCCGGAUCGGAUGACGAACCGCGACGCUCCUGCGGCGGAGCCUGCACAAACGUCCGGGCGGCAAACGCCGACCCGAGAAAAAGCGGAGCCUCGAACCCCUGAGCGCCCCGAGAGCACCCCAGCCAGUAACGGCCAGGCGAGCCCCUCCCUCCCAUCCCCUGCCUUUGUGGGCCGUAGCCCCAGCCCGCUUCCUGGGCCCCCUCCAAAGACCGCCGCGGAACAGACUCUGGAGCGAGCGGAAGAGCUGUCAACGUCGGCGGAAGGGGCGGCGCACCUUUUGAAGCAGAGAGCGCCGGUGCAGACCAUCUGUGAGGCCCUUCUGCAAUUGCAACCGGGCGCCCUUCCGACCCUUGCCCCCGCAGACUCCGCCCUGCGAAUCGCCUCCAACCUCCUCUCUCACCCGACUGCCUGGACCGCACCCGUCCGAGACGAGAUUCUUAAAGCCGUUGUCCACGUGGCAUCUUCGGAUGCUUCGGACAGUCAUUUCCAGCCCGUCCAAACAAAAGCCUUUGGAAUUCUCCGGCGGAGCGUCUCCGCGUUCGGCCGGGAAGCCAAGGCGACCGUGCUCCUCGCUGCCGCGGCGCUGAGACUCUACGCGAAGCUGGGGGUGACGUCACGCACAGGGGCGGUGCUCGAGGGGACGCUGUUCGUGGCGGAUGCGCUGAGGUCAGCGGGGGAGCUGUCGCGAGCGCCGGACGCGGAGGGCCGGGAAGUCGCGGCGCAGGCAUUUAGGCAGGCGAUGGCGUCCGGGGUGGAGAGUCAGCUGUGCAAGUCGCUGGAUGUGGCCGGUAGCGCAGAAGGGGAGGACCUCCACCUAGCCGCCGCGGCCACCGACGCGCUCCUCGGUCUCAUCGCGGGCAUCGAGGCCACCGCCGGAGACACCAGCUGGCAGCGCUGGAGCACCCGGACUUUCCCCCUGACCGUCGCCCGGGGAUUUGCCGAACCGUGGGCGCGGGAACAGGGCGAGGCCACGACGAUCGAAGCGGGGGGCCACGUGAACGUGUUUAUCAACCAUCUGGUGAACGAGAUCAGCCCUCGAGAGGGGGCGGUGCGCGCGUUGCGGCGGCUGCUGGAGAGCAACGUUGCGACGCGCCAUGCGUUGAAGGUCCUACUCCACUGUUGCACAGAAGCCCCCGCGUUCGCCACUGUUCUCACGGGGAUCCCCCAGGCCGCCUCCCCCCGCCAAGAACGCCGACGCUCAACGGGGUCCGUCACCGGCAGUGCCGGCGGUGACGACACAAUCGUAGCCGCUCUCUUUGCCCGUCUCUCCCCCCAGAACAACGCCCAGAGUACAAAUAAGCCGUAUGAAACGAAACCGGAGGAAGGGUUAGCCAACGCGGGGUUAGCUGCGCUGGUUCUCGCGAGCUGCGGCAAGGGGCUCGAUUCCGCAGGGAAGCAAGGGUGGGCCUGGAUGCUAACCGCCGACGAGACCGAGCAGCAAAAACGGGUUAAGAAGCUGUCAGCGCUCGUCGGAACGCGGCACGUCAAGGUCCGGUCAGCGGCCGGGUUAGCGAUGUACUGGCUGAUGGAAGUCGAGCUCAACCUGCGGCAAGAAGCCCGGGCCUCGUGGAUCGACACGUCAGCUGAGGCGCUUCCGCCGAUGGCUGCCUUUGCGGACGCUCUCCGGGGGGCGCAGAAUCCGGACACGUGGCAGACGUCCGGUUCGGACGGGGAGUUUGAGUGGGGGCUCGGAGUCGCGGCCGUCGGGAAGGGUCGGGACGGGUUAAGAGACGGCGUAGUGGGUUCGCUGGUGGCGAUUCUGCAGCUGCGGGGGGGUGCGGCGGCGGAAAAAGCGGUCGCGGCGGAGCUGCCGGCGAUGCUGGUGCAGUUGCUGACGGCGAGCAGCGACCGGGGGAUAGCACCGGGCAGUUCCCCUGUCCCUUUCGACCCCCUGGAGCUCUCCCCCAACGGCGUCCUCCGCACCCUGGCCGCGCUCCACAGCUGCCUCCCCUCCGGCGCCUCCGCCGCCGCGCUCCUGUCGCGGGACUGCCUCGCGGGGCUGCUCGACCUGCUGAACACGUGGCCCCACGUGAGCCACGUGCUGCAGUGGCCGUCGCGGGACGGCGGCGGGCGCGAGGGCGUCAAAGAGCUCAUCGUGGCCGUGACGGCGAUCAUAACCUAUCCCCUCCAGGCAGCGUCGCCGUCCGCGAGCACCAGUGCCAGCUCGUCCGACCUCGCAGCGCUCCCCGCGUACUUGCAGGCCCUGGGCGACGGGAAAGUGGUGUAUGCAAUCACAGCGUGCCUCGAGCGGGUGGAUGGGGACGAGCUGGGGCCGCCGGUCAAUCUGCUAUCUAGGCUGAUUCUGUCGUCCCAGGGGUUGGCGCGGCAGUACAUCGAAGCUGGGGGUCUUGCCCCACCGGUGGCUGCGCUACUAACCCGCCCCGCAAACACGACCAGCGUGGUGGUGGAUUUCCUCCUAGCGAUUAGCCAACUGGCAAGGCUCAGCAAGGACUACUACGAGCCGAUUGCGAAAGCGAACAUGUACGACGCGCUGCGGAGGUACCUAAACCACCCGGAGGGCAACGUGCGCUCGCGUGCGUGUAACCUACUGGGCAACAUGUGCCGGCACUCCGCAUAUUUCUACCCAGCCCUGGUGGAACAAGGCAUCCUUCCCAUCCUCAUCGAGCGCUGCAGCGACCCCGACAGAGCUACCCGCAAGUUCGCCUGCUUCGCGGUCGGAAACGCCGGCUUCCACAAUGACUCCCUCUACCGCGCCCUCUGGCCCGCGAUCCCGCACCUGACCGCACUCUUGAGCGACCCGGAAGAAAAGACACGUGCCAACGCUGCGGGCGCACUCGGAAAUCUUGUCCGGAACUCGUCCGUCCUUUGCCGGGAUCUUAUCGAGCAAGGCGCCGUGCGCGCCCUCUUCGAGUCGGUGGUCUCUGCAGCGGGGCGGGGGCCGGAAGCGGACGGGACGGGCCGGGUGACGUCACCAGGGGCCGAGUCGGGGCAGUCGCCGCUGCGCAUCGCGUUGUUUAGCAUAGGGAACAUGUGCAGCCACACGAGCUGCCGGGAGGUGUUACUAGAGUUGGACUUGUUCAAAGUGCUGCAGAAGCUGCAGAGGCUGGGGGAUCCCGUGAUCAGCAAGUACGUCCAACGGAUAUGUGCGAAGUUCCAGGAGAAGCCUGCAAGUUAAAGUGCGUGUAGAGGAUUCCGACUAUGAUUGAAACGAGGGGCUUGUCGCGAGCGCUCUCCUAGACUGCUCGACCAGAUGAGGGCCGAUUAGGUGCCCGACUGCCGCAGUGCAUACGUCUAAUCUUUGUAGCUAGCUGCCCGGCCUCUUCCAAACGCUGGUCAGUACAGAUCACAGUCCGCAUUUGUUGUAACACAGUAGACAGGUAUCGUUCAAUAUUCUCGCCCAUGGCUGAAAUGGAUGCACGUUUGGAU